AUGCAGCCGAGUCAAUCUUGGAGCCAAGUCCUCUGGUAUGGCUAAUGGCAAAAACGGAGACCUAGGAGAUAAUGAAUCUAUUAUGGAAGUACAGCUUUAACUUCUUUUUCAACACAAUGCCAAUCAUCACAUCAUCAGAGAUGGCAGAGAUAGAAGAUGAUGACAUACUGAAUGAAGAAGAACAGAAGCGAGAGAUAAUGCUUAAGGAAAGAAAUGAAUUUUUGGAAAAAUUAAUAAAAGAUCCUGAGUUUGCUGAUAUGAGGAAAAUAUUUGCAAAUGAUAGUACUAAAAUAGUACAGGACAAGCCAAAAACUCAAUAUAAACGUAAGCGUCAUAAAUCUGAAGAUGAAUCAUUCAGAUGUGCAGCUCAAAUUCCUCUAGAAUCUCGGAGGUCAUUGAGACUACAAGAUAAAAAACCAUUAUUCACAUUCGAUGAUUUACCAGAGGAAAAGACUGUAAGACAUUUAUUCAAAUCUGAUGAAAACUAUGACUAUGAAGAUAUUGAAAACAUAGUUUAUCAGCCAAAGAAACAGCGGACAUCUUUUAAAGUUAGAAGGGAGGGACCUGUUACAAUCCCAGUAGAACAUAUUACAGAAACAAUGCUAAACAAUAUAGCAGAAAAAGUAUCUAUCAAAAAAUAUUCUGAUUCAGGUACUACCUGUCAUCAGUGUAGACAAAAAACAGUUGAUCAAAAGACAUAUUGUAGAAACAGUGAAUGUUCAGGCCGCCGGGGAAUGUUUUGUGGUGUUUGCCUUAAGAACAGAUAUGGUGAAGAUGCCGCACAAGCCCUGCUAGAUCCAAACUGGCAUUGUCCAGUCUGUAGAGGAAUAUGCAACUGUUCCUUCUGCCGAGCACGCGAGGGCAAGCGCCCGACCGGUAUUUUAGCACCAUUGGCUCAAAAGCAUGGCCACAAGUCUGUUAAAGACUUUUUGGUCAGCUUAAAGGGUGAAGGAGACUAUUUAGAAGACCACAUGGAUCCCAAUAAAUUGCUGGGCUUCACAGGAGAAAAUUCAGUGAUUGCUAAGAUGGGGGCUAGCGUUGAACACACUAUUGUUCUAACGGGUAUUGACAAAAUAGUCGCAAAAAUUAAUUAUUUGAAGGCAGCACUUGCAUGUAUUGACAAAAAAUAAUACCAAAACUAGCAAUGAAUUCACAUAUACAUAUAAGUCGGAAAGGACCAAGCCUGGCGAGUCAAAAUGAAAAUGUUCGUUUUCAAAACCCUCUUAAUGCAUUAGCCUUCCAAUAAUCAUGACAUUACAGUAUUAUCCCAUGGUAUUUAUGUAUUUUUGACUUGUAAUUAUAAGGUGGUUUAUUAUAUCGUCAAAAAGUCUUGGUAAGACGGUAACCUCAUAGGUAUUAAAUCAUUUGUAUAGAAUGUACCUAUAACCUCGGAGUAAGCUUGGUGAAAUUUCAUAGUCGGUCAGCUUUUGGCCGAAGUGGAAACAAAUAAUAACAACCUUCUAUGACGUCACCGUCUUGAUGUAUUUGACUUAAAUUUUAUAUUACCUUUUACUGUAUUAAUUUUUUUAAAUUUGAUUGUUUUCUGUAUUUGUAAAGAAUGCUAAUGUGGAUGGUUGGAAUGAAGAUCCUUAUGAAAAGCUGCAACAGUAUAUAUGUAUGUAAAUGUCUUGGAAUAUAUUUUAAACAUUGUAAAAUAAAUUUGUACUUAUACUUUUAUGUAAAUAAGGUAUGAAAUCUUAUCAACUUUCUGAGGUGGUUAUUUUUUAUGCAUUCAUAAGAAUUUCAUGUACUAAAUUGACCAUUAUGACCUUGAAAUAUUACCUGUUUUUUGACUUAUGAUGGCGUAAAUCUGGAGAUACAGGUUUGUUAUGUUAACUAUAUUUGUAUUUUAUAUUUAGAUUAGGUUUUUAGAAAAAUGUGGAAUUCUAGAAAAUCAAAAUAAACUGAUUCGAGAAUA